AUGGCUCCUCGACCAUCAUCCGUGACGGCCUUGUCAGCGCCUGGCAAGGUUCUUCUCACGGGUGGAUACCUUGUCCUCGACCGCAAUUACACAGGAACGGUCUUUGCUCUGGAUGCGCGCAUCCAUAUCGUCGUGCAACAGCUGAGACGGGGCGCUCGCGGAGGUACGGAAGGCAAAGCUGCGCCAAGUGAGGCGCAGUCUGGAUCUGCGGCUGAGGAGGGCGAGGGUAAGGAUACUAUUGUGGUGCGCUCCCCGCAAUUUGUGGACGCUAUCUGGGAAUAUGCGAUCCAACGAUGCGAGAACGGCGGAGGCGUGAAGGUCAUUCAGAAGGGAGAGGGGCGCCGCAAUCCUUUUGUCGAGACCUCUCUUAACUACGCAUUGACAUACAUCGGCUAUGUUGCCGACUCUAAGGACUUCGGCUCAUUGUCGAUCACCAUCUUGGCAGACAAUGACUACUACUCGGAAACUGCAGGAUCGAGAGGCCCCGCUUCGCAAGCUAGGGGUGGGCGCUUUGUCGACUUCGGUGUUCCACUUCAUGAAGCCCAUAAGACUGGCCUCGGAUCGUCGGCUGCUUUAGCUGAAGACCUCGGCGCAGGCCGUGAUAAACUUCACAACCUGGCCCAAGCUGCCCACUGCGCAGCCCAGGGUAAGGUAGGCUCCGGCUUUGAUGUGGCCGCUGCGGUGUACGGCUCAUGUCUCUACAAGCGGUUCUCGCCAGCUAUCUUGGAGUCGGUGGGAGAUGUCGGCUCAGAGGGGUUCGAAGAGCGCCUAUUUGCCGUGGUCGAGGAUGCUGACCCGGCUCACCCGUGGGACACGGAGUGUGUCGACUUCGGAAUGCAAUUACCCCGGGGAAUGCAAAUGGUGUUAUGUGAUGUUGACUGCGGCUCACAGACACCCUCAAUGGUAAAGAAAGUCCUCGAAUGGCGAAGAGAGAACAGCAAGGAGGCCGAUAUUCUCUGGGCCAGUCUACAAAAUAACAACGAGCGACUCCGCCAGGAGCUGAAACGUCUGGCACAAGACCCUGAUGCCAAUACCGAUAAUGAGUUCACCGAGAUUAGCACUCUCAUUCAGCGUACCCGUCAUCACAUCCGCACCAUGACCCGCCGGACGGGCGUUCCCAUCGAGCCGAGUGUGCAAACAGAGCUACUGGACAGAGCCUCCGAGGUUGAAGGUGUCGUCGGUGGUGUGGUACCCGGUGCAGGUGGAUACGAUGCUAUCGUCCUACUUCUUCGAGACGACCCCUCGGUCAUGGGCCGAUUGAAUGAGCUUUUCGAAAACUAUGAAAGUAUGACCGAGGACGACUUCGGAGGAAAGAUCGGCAAGGUACGACUAUUGGGAGUGCGACAUGGAUCAGAGGGUGUCAAGAACGAAGUGCUUGACCAGUACGCUGGCUGGGUCUAG